CACCUCGCUGAUCACGACCACCACCACGCCGGUGAAGGGGGCCAGCGUCGACAGUAGUAGCGUCAGCGGUAGCGAUCAGAGUACGACCGCCGCCGAGAUGGCCGGCUACAACCUCGGCGGGGAGCUGGGCGGGGGCCAUCUGCACCGGCUCCACCAUCAGCAUCAGGGCAGCAUCGGGAGCAACGCUUCUUCGGGUGGUGUCCUUGUGUUGACCAGUGGUGGUGGUGGUGGUGGUACCGUCGGCACGAUCGCUUCGUCCGCGUCGUCCUCGAGUGCGAGUGCCACCGUGCCGCUACUGCAGCACCACCAUCACCACCACCAUCUGCACCAUCACCUUCAUCAGCAUCUGCAUCCUGGCGGUGGAGACGCCAGUUCCCCAGCCCAAGCAGCUCCGAUUCCGAGCAAGAGGAACCUCUAACCGAGCACGAUGGUCUAACUGAUCGCUACCGGCGACGAUGUCCCCCCGCUAGCAAUCAACUCGAGUCAAUGAAGAAAAAUGGUGGACCAUGACCGAAAAGGGAAACGGAACCAAGGACAGGAACUGAAGGAAGCACCAGCACCAGCAGCAUCAGCAGCAGCAGCAUCAGCAGGCGAACACCACAACACCAUCGGCCAUCAAUCGCCAUUAUCAGCCGUGCGCUUUCGUGAGGCUACGAGAACGAGACCAACG